AUGACGCAACUCUUCAAAGAGAUGCGCCUCUACGGCUUCAUCGCGAUCCUGCUGCUUUCGGCGACAGUGCUUGGCAUCGCAGCAUACCUCGGAAGCAUUUUUCUGCCAAACAUACAACAUGACUUUGGGAUCUUUUCCCUUAUUGUGCCAUCACUGACAAUACUUGUAUUCCUAAUAACGGUAUCAUGGUCUUCACCACGCACCGAAGCCAUUGCCUUCUUCAUACUCGGUGCAUCAUGGCUAGCCAUGGGGGCAUGGUCGACCGACACCAUAGGCUGGAUCCAAUGCGACGCGCUUGGUGGCGUCACAAGACCAACCAAGAAUGGGGGAACCAUCUCUGCUAGCUCAUGGUGCUACGAGAUGAAGGUCAUUGAAGCAUUCUCUUGGAUGAUCUUCUGCCUCUUCGCCAUAUACCUAUGGGUUUUGAUAGCACUGACAAGCCGCGCUCGCGUUUUGGGCCACCCAUAUGCGUGGGCGGAACCCAUCUUCGAGCUGCCUUGGUUUGGCGAAUUCCCUGGCUGGCCAUACUCCGGUGGGGCCUUUGCUCCCGGACAGCAAACGGGCUUCUCCACAGGCGCAUAUAUGCCGGUGCCUUACAUGACUCCGAUGAUCAAUGGGGGCUAUGUUGUACAGCAAGCCCCAGGGCAUUCAGUGAUCGUUCAGCCUGGAGCACCGGGUGGUCCACCAGCAGUAACACAGGUUCCUGGCGCGGUGAGCACCACUCCCUAA